AUAGCUACGAGCUACACUAUGUAGCGAUUAUUAAUCGAUAUACUUGUUUUUAAUCAUUUGCUACUUGUAUCAAAAUGGAAACGAAACCUUUUAUUGCGACUGUCUGCAAUCAAAAAAUGAGUGGUGGCUCAAUGGCUUAUUGUGUUAUUGUUACCCGAAAUUUAAAAGAAAAGUGAUAUAUUAAUUUUUCAAUACACGAUUUUAAUAAUCAUCGUUUAUUUUCCAUGAUAGUUUUUCUUUGUUUUGGUGUUACAUGACCUUUUCGAUGUAAAUAUUAUGUAUGUCACCGGCAUAACCCAUAUUUCUAUUCGUAGAAAUCAUGAUUAUUCUGAUUAUCUCCUCUCGUGGUUACUAGAAAAAAUCAUAUUUCGAUGAACUGAUGGUUAAGGAUUCUCCGAUUGAUGUUGUCCACCGCGGACUCUUUAAUUCUAAUAUGGAUACCAAUUUAAUGUUCGAAAAUCUAUUGGAUCACAAUGCCUCAAAACGAGUGGAACUUCUAAUUGUCAUGAGAAAACUUCUAAAGAGUGGAAAUGGAUACCUACCCUUUCAUAAUGCAUCUUCUGAAUCGAUAUUUAGUGUUCUUUUUCAUGUGUUAGACGAUACUCGAUGGGAAGUUCGUUACCAAUGUCUAUUAUUAAUUUGCGGUAUUAUUCCACAUAUAAAUGAUGAUCUUGACUCAUGUAUGUCACAGCUUUUACCCAAAAUCAUAUCGAAUCUUGGUCAUGAUAAUGUUAAUGUGCGACGCUCUUCUCUUCAAUCACUGCACAUUUAUAUGAAAUACACAAACAAUUUGCAAGAUUUUCAGAAAGUAUUUAUCUAUUAUGGAUUAGAAAAUUCUGAAUACAUUAUUAGAAAAGGUUGUAUUAUGAGCAUCGGAAUUUUGUUCUCGACUGGAUUUGAAAAUGAAAAUUUAUUUCCUCUAAUAGAGUGCCUUUCCAGACAUUUUGUUGAUGGGGAUGCCUCAUUGUUUUAUCCAAUAUUUUUAGCUAUGCAAAAAAUUCAUGAACUGCAUGGAUCAGCGACUUUUGAUAGAUAUCUUCAAAAUUUAGAUGAAGAAGCAGCCAAUACUUACAUAAGAGUCUUAAACAAGUUUUCACUAAAUGGUUCUCGUUUAAGUAGUGGCUCGGGUAGUCAUUCAAGUUUUUCCAACAUAAAUGGAGUUUGUGGAGCUGGAAAUAAACUAUUAAAAUAUGAUUUUGGUAUUUUUCAGCCUUACAUUACUGAAAAAAUUAAGAGUGAUGAUUGGAAAACAAGAGUCGAGGCUCUCGAGCACAUGAAAAUGAUAAUUCGCGAAGUGCCAGAUUUUUCAGAAAAAAUAUCUGAUAUGGAUGAGUAUAUGAUGUUUUUAUCAAAACUACUAGAAGAUUCUAACUUCAAAAUUGUCAUUCAGACUUUAAGUGUAUAUGAUUUAUUGAUUGACAAGUUUAAAAAUCAAAUACGACGAUUUCUCAAAACAUUUGUUACAUCUGUGUUGAAAAGAUUGGGAGAUGCAAAACUUGUUGUUCGUGAGCAUGCAAUUAGAGUUAUUCACAGAUUAAUGCAUCAUAUCAAACCUACAGAAGUUCUUAGUCAUUUGUUGCAAAAUAAAGACAAUCGCAAUCCUCGUCUCAGAGAAGAAAUUGUGAACAGAGUUACUGCUGCAGUCUUAACAUUUCCCAGUUAUAAUUUUGAAUUUCUUCCUCUUUGUGAGUCUGUUGCUCCACUUCUUACUGACACAAAAAGACGUGUCAGACUCGCUGCUUUAGAAUGUUUUGCAGCAUUUGCACAGGCUAUGGGACCAGCACGCCUAGUUCCUUUAGUAUCUGCUGUUGAUUUUGUAGAGAUUAAUUCUGACUCUGAAGGACUCUUGACGGCUGUGCAAGCUCGUUUGGCCAGAAGAAUUCUUCCAAGAUGUACUGAAGAUGGUGCUGUUUCAUAUGCUAUAAUUCUUCCAGCUUCUGCUGGUUCUCAAAGUAGAAAUGUUUCCCCUUGGGGUCCUGAUAUUGAAUGGAUUAUGGCAGCAUCUAGCUCCUCCAGUUCUUCCACUCCUCCAUCCAGAAGUAAAGAUAUUUGUGUAACAGACCUUGAUCAGAAUGGAGAUUCAUCCACUUGCAAAGUAGUUGAUGUCAAAGAACCCAGAAAUGAAGAAUUGAUUAAUAUUUUUAAGCGAGAUAGCAACUGGGUUAAAAAUACACCAUAUGAUGCACCUUCUUCAUCUACAGUUAUUCAGCAUACUGAAAAUGAACUGGUAAAACAGCAAAAUGAAAGGCUUAAAAUUGAAAUAAAAGAGGACAAAGUAAAACCUAUUGUUGCAUCAAACAAUGAUAAUUCUUCAUUUUGUACUGGAGAUUCCUCGACAUCAGAAGUUAAAUUAAAUAAAGAUAGCACCAAAAUGAAGCCUAUGAUAGUGAACAGUAAAAUUCCUGUCUUAGCUAGAUUUUCUGGAAGAAAAACUUCUCAAGAAGAAGCACAACUUGGUAAAGCUUUGCCAUUACGAGCAUUAUCUGCUCAGCGUCAUAACACUCUUCCAUCAUUCAGUGUAAGACAUUCUGCUGCUCUUAGAAGAGCAUCAAAUCAAUAUCCUCAAGAUAAUGCUUUAGCGAAUGCACAUAUAGAAAAUAGUUUUGAUGAUCCAGUUUUGUAAGUCUUUUUUGUUAUAUUUUCCGAAAAUGCUUUUACUUUAUUCCCAGCUUACAUUUCCAUAUAAGUUAUAAAUAGAAAA